CAGUUUCCCACUGGAAGACUUUUGUAUAUUAACGUGUUCGCUAUUGAGAAUUUCUACAUUCAGAGUUUAUAUAACGUGUUUUGUAUCAAGUACUUUACCAUCCUAAACGGACUCUCUCUCUCUCCUCUCUCGAUUUUCUCUCUCUAGAUUGGGUUCUUGGUCGGCGUUACUAUCGGUGUUCGUUCCAAUACAAGGUUAUCUCCAUUUUUUGUGGAUUCUGAGGCACAUUCUGAAAACUCGGUACAGAUUUUUAUAUCUUUGACCAAUCCGAGUUCAGGUUCUUCAACCUAUCACUGCCUGGUCAAUCCUGCAUCUUUGCUUAUUACACAAUGUUCAGUCAUAGAAAAUCUCCUUUGAACAAGCUUGCUAAACAUAGCUCGGUUGAACCUGGUUAUUCUAAUUCAAAUCCUUUCGAUUCCGAUAAUGAGUCAGACAACAAGAAAACCCUAAAUCCCUCAAGGAGAACUUCUUCGGAGCCUACACUUGUUACCCCAAAUUUAAGUACCAAUCCUUUUGAUGAUGAUGAGAUCAAAGGGACCUCCUCAUCUUCAUACUCCAUAACUUCAUCAGCAAGAAGCAGAUACAAGAAUGACUUUCGUGAAUCAGGAGGAUUAGAUAACCAGCCUGUGCAAGAAUUAGAGAGUUAUGCUGUAUACAAGGCUGAGGAGGCUACAAAGACGGUCAAUGGCUGCCUAAGGAUUGCGGAGGACAUAAGAGAGGAUGCCACUAAAACUUUGGUCACCUUGCAUCAACAGGGUGAGCAAAUUACAAGAACUCACAUGGUUGCUGCUGACAUUGAGCAGGAUCUUAGCAGGGGUGAGAAGCUUUUGGGAAGUCUUGGGGGCAUGUUCUCCAAGACUUGGAAGCCUAAGAAGCAUCGUUCAAUAAUGGGCCCUGUGAUGACAAGAGAUGAUCCUGCUCAAAAAAGGGGUAACCAUUUGGAGCAGAGGGAGAAAUUGGGAUUAACCUCUGCACCUAAGGGACGGUCAAAUGCACGAACCCCACCUCCUGAGCCAACAAAUGCACUGCAGAAAGUUGAGGUAUGUGCUUGUGGUUAUUGUAAGUAUAAGUUCUGUGCCAAAAAAAAAAAGUUAAUAAUAAUAAAAAUAAAUGAUGGGUUGUCUGAAAUGUGGACGCAGCAGGAUAUGAGUGUGUGAAAUGAUACUAUUGGUUUUCUGCCUAAGAUUGUUUUGGUAUGUUGUCUAGAUUUGCUCAUAAGGUCUGUUGGGCUACCAAAGAUCUGGGUUCUAGGUUUUAAGUGCAGCAGGAUAUGAUACUAGUGUUUCUGGUUUGGUGUGUGGAAUGUUACUUUUUGUUUCCCGCCUAAGUUAGAUUGUUUCGGUAUGUUGUCUAGAUUUGCUCAUAAGGCCUGUUGGGCUACCACAGAUCUGGGUUCUAGGUUUUAAGCGCAGCAGGAUAUGAUAUUAGUGUUUCUGGUUUGGUAUGUGGAAUGUUACUUUUUGUUUCCUGCCUAAGUUAGAUUGUUUCCGUAUGUUGUCUAGAUUUGCUCAUAAGGCCUGCUGGCUGCUGCCUUGUCUUACGUCAUUCAAAUUGGAAGUAUUCCAUUUCUUGUGUUUUCCUAAUACCGAAUAAGUUGACAAGGAAACUUUCCCAAAUAAGGUGAUAAGGUAGUGUUUAUGGGUGAAUUUAACUCAUUCUAAUUCAUCAAUGGGAUCAUUAACAGGUAGAAAAAGCAAAGCAAGACGAUGCACUCUCAGAUUUAAGCAAUCUGUUGGGGGAGCUGAAAGAUAUGGCUGUUGACAUGGGAUCUGAAAUUGAAAGGCAUAACAAGGCGUUGAAUCCUCUUCAAGACGAUGUGGACGAGCUAAAUUACCGGGUGCAAGGUGCCAAUCAGCGUGGACGCCGUUUGCUGGGGAAAUAGAAGACUACAGUGCUGUUAGCGCUGCUGUUGACAUUAGCUUUGAUGCUCCUCUUGCUGCCACUCUUCAUUUUCUCCACUUUUCUUUACACAUUAUGGAUUAAAACAUAAUCUACACAUUCAGAUUUUUACAUAACUAUUGGGUUUUUGUAUCCUCUUUAUGUGAAAUCUAAAACAUGAGAUUAAACCUCUGGUUACAAAAAUGGUGUAUUCAUUCUAUAUUUUUUCCUUUCUACAAUGUGUACAUGUCAUCCAUUUGAUUGCUCCAUUCCAUAAUAGCUGAUGCUUCACAAUUAUGUUGCCGUUCGAAGUUUGGCUCAAAACCCAAAUCUUCCUCUACAUAAGAUGGGUGUUAUUCCAGGAGGUCGAGCCUUUGGAUAUUGGGUAUGCUUAGGUAUAGUUCGGUUCGAGUAGCAUAGUUAUGCUUGGCUCGAACUUAGUUGUCGACCUUGUAUGUUUGCUUCGAUUUUUUCAAUUUCAUGCUCAAGUCUAUGGCUCGAUUUGACUCAUUUUGGUAUGAUAUAAUCUUCGAUUAGAUUUGAAUUGGUAAUCUCUU